AAUGGCUGAUGAUAAUUUAGAUUAGAUUAUAGAUAUGCCAGAAUAAUCUGAUAUGAUUAAUGAUGCAAGAACUCAAGUUUUAAUAUGAUUAUUUAAUAUUAUUAGGCAAAAUAUGCGGUAGAACAUUUUAAGGUAGAAUCAUAGAUCUCAAAUUACAUUAAAAAAUUCUUUGAUGAAAAAUAUGGUCCAAAUUGGCAUUGUGUUGUUGGUACACUUCUUAUUAAUAUAUAUUUAAGGGAAACAUUUUAAUUCUUAUUCAUCUUAUGAAAGCAAAAGGUAUAUGUUCUUUUAUGAAGGAUAAAUGGCAAUAUUACUUUAUAAAAUGGGUUGAA